AUGGCAUCCACUGUUUCUGCUGAAAAUGAAGUUACCUAUCAAGGUAUCGAGGAACACUUGCCAGAAGUGGAUACCUCACGCGAUACACACGAAAGUUCUGCAUUCUUAGAAACAACACGCAGCCUCAGACACAAAUUGAAUAAUAGAAUGAAUAAGGGUAGAAAACGUACACACAGUAUAUCAAGUUUAAUCAAGAGGAAGUUAAAAAGAAAAAAUAGGAGCGAUCUCGACGUAAAAUUGGAAAUAGAGGAAACUGAAACGUUCAACGUUGAAAAUUGGGAUGCAGUGAUGUCAGAUUUCAAAUGCAUUUCCAACAUAAGAGAUCCCAUAUCUUGUCUAAGUCAAAAGGAAAAAUUCACAAUAUUACAUUUCAAGGAUGACGAGAAAGUUGAUGCCUUACUUCCCACGAGACACAGCACUUGUUUUGAUGACUACACAACGGAAGAAUUGAAAAAGAUAUACUCGAAAUUGCAAGAAGAAAGUCAUUUUUCCUACCUUGACGCCGCUACAAUAAUGAAAUCGCUUGACAGUGACACUUCUUCUAUCUUUUAUAAUUACACUGAUGACGACGACGACGAAGAUGAUAAUUAUGCUGGCGACGAAGAUGAUGACGGUGACAAAGAGUCAUCAAGUUCAGAUGUCAAUGAACCUUUGACACCGUUAACUGGCUCCAUCGAUCUUGAUCAUGAAGUCAUUAUAGUUAGACAGGUUACUUCAUAG